AUGGGGAUUGAUCCUUCAUUUGAAGUGUUCCAGUCCAGUUUGUUUAGCUCCACAUCCAAAGGCCUGGAACGCAGUGUUCAGUCUAAAGCAGUAAACCAGCAGCUGAAUAAGAAUAUUUCAUUGUUCCUCAUUCACCUCUCCCCUUACUUUAUGCUUAAGCCAGCCCAGAAGUGCCUUGAAUGGCUGAUUCACAGAUUUCACAUCCACCUCUACAAUCAAGAUAGUUUGAUUGGUUGUGUUCUGCCAUAUCAUGAAACUAAAUUAUUUGUGAGAGUUAUUCAACUUCUAGAUAUAAAAAGCCCAACUCAUAAAUGGCACUGGAUGGAUCCAAUAAGGAAACCUGGAGUCCCACUGGCAAGGGGUACUGUCAUUACACACUGCUACAAAGACCUGAAUUUCAUGGAUUUCAUCUGCAGGCUGGUGGCAAAAUCUGUGAAGGUCUUUUCAGAGUGUCCUGGCAGUGCAGCUCAGUUGAGAGUUCUUCUUGUGUUUUAUGCCUCCACCAUUGUGUCAGCCCUUGGAGCUGCAGAGAAGAUAACAGACACUAUAGUCUCUCUGCUGCUCCCUUACAUCCAAAAGGGCUUGAAAUCCUCUAUACAGGAUUACAGAGCUGCAACAUACAUGAUAAUCUGCCAGAUGACAGUAAAAGUGACAGUGGAGACUUCCUUGGUGCAUUCCUUGAUGUUACAGAUAAGCAAGACAUUAUCUAAAGUGCCCUCAUUAGUAAAGGAUGGGGUGGCAUGCUUGAACCUACUGCUACAAACUCAGAAAGGAGACAAACUUGGGAAGAAGCCGUUUAAUCAUCUGUGCAAAACACCAGGACUGGUCACAGUUUUGCAAGGCCUUUCAGCAAGCUAUGAUAUCUCUCCUCUUCUGCGUUACCUGUUGCCUCACCUUGUUUGCACUGUCAUGAGAAGUGAUGCAGAGGAACAAGAAGAAUCUGAGGAGACGGAGAAUCAGAUUUACAUCAAACAUCUUGAAGCUAUUCUUCAGAGUAUACCACUGGAAAAAGAUUUAGAUCACCUGUUGGCUUCCAAGUUUCUUGAAGAGUUUAUCUCCUGUGGUACAGAGAUCGAAUCUAAUUCCACCAAAAUGGCUGCACUUAAUCAGAAAAUACUUCCUCUUAUCAGACUUCUGGAGAGAAAGUAUCCUAAAGCCCUGGAUGCUGUGUUGGAGAAGCAUCUGGAAGAUGGCACAGAUGAAGCUGACCAAAAUCUUUUUCACCAAUUUAUUUCUCUGUCAUUAAGCUGUGGCAAAUACAAGUUUCUGGAAGACUUGGAUACCUCUCUUCUGCUCAGUUUGAAUCAUCCUCAGCCAGCUGUGCGGGUCCUGGCUCUUCAGCAUUUGAAAGAUGUUAUUGAAACAUCAAAGGAAGGCUUUGAUCAGUCUUUCAUAGAAGAAGCAAUUUUUGGUCGUCUCAGGGAUGACAACAGAGAUGUUGUGAUGUCUGCUCUCAGUUCUUUGGAGAUUUUCAAGGAACAAGUCAAUCCAGAGGUAGUAAUAUCAAGUCUUUUGAACAUCUUCCAGAGAGCUGAUCUUUCAAAAGAUGGAAAGUGGUACAAGGUUCUGGAGCGAGCAAUAAAAAUUCUAGUCAAAGAGGAGAUUUUGAAAGAGAAAAAAGAACUACUAGAUGAAGCAGUAAUGAGGUUGUUACCUCUUAUGGUAAUCACUAAUGCGAAUUCAAAAUCUUCAGACUGGAAAAUGGCCAUUUGUCUGUCAGAAUCUGAUCUCUGCUCUUUACAUCCCUUACUGAAAGGCUGGCCAGAAGCUCUGGAAGAGGCAAUUAAAUCUAGCAAGCCUGUAGAGCUGAUUGGAGUGGCCAACAGGAAAAUGAUUCUACUGUUUGCUAAAAACAUGACUUCAGGGGACCCUUCCCUACUAUUGCAAAUGGUUGAUGAUCUGAUACUUGUUGCUGAAACGGAAUCUGACAGUGUGAGACAGAAAGUAACUACUCACAUAAUUGGUUCAGUGCUUGUUCAGUGCUGCUGCAGUACACAGAUGAAGGAGAGUUAUUUUCCAGUGGCUAUCAGAGUAUUCCGUUUCUUGGAUAAAAAAAUAAAAAACCUCAGAGCUUGUGAUCCUGCAGAGGAAACUCCCCUAAACUGGUCUGUUGAAACAACAGAGGAAACUUUGGUGCCUAAGGACUUGUUAGCUGCAUAUAUAGACAAGCUGGAUAGUGAUCAGACUGCUUAUGCAGAAGAGACAGCCAUGUUCCUAUUCAUAUUGAAAAACUUCAUUAAUGGCCUGAAACCUCCUCUGUCCUUUUCAAAAGAGGAAACUUGGUGGAAUCCUGAAUCUCUGGAUCAAGACAGCCAAGAUUACCUGCACCUCCUUUUGGGGCUAUUUGACCUACUUGUCUGUGGAGCUAGUGAGGGAAGCAAUGCUACUGAGUACAGAGCAUUGAUGAAUCUCUUACUCAAGGUACAUCUAAAAGAUUCAGAGGUUCUCUUCAAAUUCCUUUCUAUUUUGUGGACAUACAGUUACAACCUUUCAAAUCACCUGAACUAUGAAGUCAAUGCAAUGCUACAGACUCAAGCUCUAUAUAUUGGCUAUGCACUGCUUGAAUCACAGACAUACCAAAAAAAGAAACAGCUGCUAUCACCAUCAUCUCCAGUGGUGAUAUCUUUGCUAGUUAACUUGGGUAGUCCUGUGAGUGAAGUUCGAAGGGCUGCUCUCAACUGUCUGCAUUCCCUGAGAGGAAUAAAGGAGUCUUUAUUUCAUCCUGUUCUUCAACAUUUGGAGCAAAAGACAGAAGAGAUCAUAGCUGACCCUACAUACAUAACACAGAUCAUGGAAACUCUAUUUGAGGAGCCUGAGACACAAUCAAAGCAGAAAUCCCAGAAGAAGAAAUUGUUGGAAGCUUUGGAAAGCAUACUUGAUUGUGUACAGAACCCUAUUUUACCAUCCUAUAUUGCAAGAAACUUACUGAAAAUUCUUCAUGAAGUGCAUGGUGAAAUGAUUCUUUCUCACCUCUUGCCUGUACUAGACCGGUUGCUAGAGAAGGUCUUUAAGAAACCUGAGGCAAUGUUGAAAGAUGAAGUUGUUCUCCUGCAUUUCAUCCUUGGAAAGUUUAAUGAAUAUUCAGCAACCCUCUUGUGCAAGAAUCAGCAGAGUCUAGAUUUGUUUAUCAGAAGUCUCCAUGCUGGCAAGAAAAUCUAUGAGGAAAUUCCACCAUUUCAGAUCACAGCACUUGGGCAGAUAACUAAGCCGUUUUUUGCAGCGCUGUCAGAUGGGAUGGUGCAACAGAAGCUGUUAAAAGUGUUGUUUGACUUGCUGUUAAACUGUAAGAACCCACUUUGUGCCCAGACAAUUAGCAGUGUCUUUAAAGGGAUUUCAGUGUAUGCUGAGCAAAUUGUCAGAGAACUGGAGCCUCCAGAGAAAACCAAAAGUCUGGCCACUGUUCAGCAAACUAGAAGGCAGAAAAUGCAGCAACAGAGAAAGCCUCAGGAUGCAGAACUGGCCACGGAAACGAGCCCGUUCAGCUGGCGGAGGGUUAUGCUCAUUCUGGAGCUGCUGCAGCAUAAGAAGAAGCUCAGGCGCCCGCAGGCGUUG